AUGGCGGGUGAUAGUCAGUUGGCCAAAGCCAGUGAGAAAAGAGAUGAAGUCGCGUUUGUUUCACCAUACACGUUGUAUGCGUCAGACAAUCCAGGAGCUGUGAUAACAUCUGUUCGAUUGAAUGGAGAAAAUUACAAUGAGUGUUCUUUGGAGAUGCUUAACGCACUCCAAGUAAAACGAAAGCUGGGGUUCAUCAAAGUGAAUUCGAUGUUGGUUGGGUGGAUCCGAGCUUCCAUUGAACCAAAAGUUAAGUCAACGAUUACAUACAUCUCGGACGCACAUCAACUGUGGGAGAAUCUAAAGAAACGAUUCUAUCUAGGAAACACAGUAAGAGUGCACCAGAUUAAGGCUCAACUCGCCUCGUGUAAACAAAAUGGACAAUCUGUCUUGGAUUAUUUCGGAAAACUCUCAACUCUAUGGGAGGAAUUGCAGGUUUACCAGCCAGUUCAUGUUUGCUCUUGUGGAGCUGCUGCUGCAAUCGCUACUGAAAGGGAACAUGGGAAGAUACACCAGUUCGUCAUGGGCCUAGAUGAUUCUCGUUUUGGAGGAAUCUGCACUACCAUCAUUGGUCAGGAUCCGCUGCCUUCUCUUGCCAACAACUUAGAGACACAACAUAGGACAGAGAACACGAUUCUUCGGCCUCGUAUGCUCUGCUCUCACUGUGGAAAAACAUGGUAUGAGAAACGUGACUGCUGGCAAAUUGUGGGUUUUCCGGAUUGGGCUCCUGAGCGUGGUGGUCGUGGACAAGGUAGUAAGAGUCGUGGAAGAGGGGGGCGUUAUUAUGGUGGUCGUGUUCGGGGACGCGCAAGUGCAGCGCAUGCCACAAACAAACUGUCCGGUAAGAGAAAACUUGGUGAUGCCAUUCUCGACUACGGUGCUUCACACCAUAUGACUGGGAUUCUGUCGUUCCUUACCAAUGUUGAGGUGAUAUCUCCAUGCUCAUUUGCAUUCGCAGAUGGAGGAAAGACGUUUGCAAUGAGCAUGGGAUUUCUUCCACUCUCGUCUGAGAUUACAUUGUCGAAUGACCGUUUUUCGAGGACUCUGAUUGGAACCGGUGAAGAGCGUGAUGGUGUCUAUUAUUUUACGGACAAAAUCUCAGCAAAGAGUCAUCAGGUCACUGGUUCUUCAGAUCAAGGCUUAUGGCAUCGGCGUUUGGGACAUCCGUCUUUCUCAGUGCUUUCAGAUUUGGCUUUGUUUUCUAGACCUUCUAAAUUAGCUAGCUCUAAUCCUUGCGACAUUUGUUUUAGAGCUAAGCAAACUCGUGAAGUUUUUUAUGAUAGUAUGAAUAAAACAUCAGAAUGUUUUUCGCUUAUUCAUGUUGAUGUAUGGGGACCGUAUCGAGUUCCUUCUUCCUGCAGUGCAGUGUACUUCUUGACCAUAGUCGAUGAUUUUUCUCGAGCUGUCUGGACAUACCUUUUACUCGAGAAAUCAGAAGUUAAAGAUGUCCUGAAGCAGUUCUUUGCAUAUGUUGAAAAACAGUUUGGAAAGUCUGUGAAAAUGGUUCGCAGCAACAACUGUACAUAA